GUUUUAGACGAGUUACUUGUCCUAAAAUGAGGCCAGUUUUCUGUGGGAACCUCGACUAUGAUGCUCGCAAUUCUGAGAUCGAGCGCCUUUUCGGCAAAUAUGGAAGGGUGGAACGUGUUGACAUGAAGUCAGGAUAUCAUGGAGCAUCUCUGCUCUUCCUGGUUGAUGGACUGGACUCUACCUUUCCUGCCUGAGCCCCGUUCAUCUCCUGUCCAUCUCCAGGAGCUCAGAGUCCAUCCUGGCAUCUUUUCACUUGGAAACAACCACCUUGUGAAUGAUGCCUUACUUUUACGAUCAGCAUUGCACCCUCCUCUGCGUUGCACUCUCCUCCCCCGUCCGAUUACGAUUUCCCCCGCCAAUCCAACCAUGCCGACCACACGGGCGGCUGGAGAAGAGUGGAGGUUGCCACCACCACCUCCACCUCUUUGAUGUACCACGAACGUUUGGAUUACUGUGCACUGACAUCAUUUAGUUCGGCAUAUGCAAGGUCUGUUCCUGUUUAUUCUGGCGUAUUAGUUUGUAGCUAGUGAGGUGAUCUUAAAAUCUUUUCUGUGCAGACAUUUUUAAUCAUGGUUCCCGGUUCACAGUUUAUCCGAGGGUUUGUACCAUGAGAUCCUUUUAACAAGCCAGCUGCUUUACCAUGCUCGACAUUGCAGGGUUUGCCUUUGUCUACAUGGAAGAUGAACAUGAUGCUGAUGAAGCUAUCCAUAGGCUUGACAGAGUUGAAUUUGGCAGAAAAGGGAGGAGACUUAGGGUUGAAUGGACAAAGGAGGAUCGCAGUGGUGGUAGAAGAGGGAACUCAAAGAGAUCUCCGAACAAUACAAGGCCAACCAAAACCUUGUUCGUGAUCAAUUUUGAUCCAAUCAACACAAGAACAAGAGAUCUGGAGAGGCACUUUGACCAAUAUGGCAAGAUCUCAAAUGUCAGAAUCAGAAGGAACUUUGCUUUUGUCCAGUAUGAAUUACAGGAAGAUGCAACUAAAGCACUGGAGGGUACAAAUGGAAGCACUCUUAUGGACAGGGUUAUCUCUGUUGAAUAUGCACUUCGUGAUGAUGAUGAGAAAAGGAAUGGGUACAGCCCAGACAGAAGAGGUCGUGAUAGAUCUCCGGACAGGAGGGACUAUCGUGGGCGGUCUGUGAGUCCUUAUGGCAGAGGGCGUGAGAGGGGCAGCCCUGACUACGGAAGAGGCAGGGAGAGGGGCAGCCCGGACUAUGGCAGGGGUGGUGACAGAGGUAGCCCUGAUUAUGGCCGUGGCACAAGCCUGCAGAGGGGUAACAAAGGUGAUGAGAGGGGCAGCCCUAACUAUGACCGUGAACGCCGUCCUGCCUAUCCCACGUCCAGCCCUGUCUAUGAUGGGCCGCGCAGCCGUUCACCUGCGAGGGACGAUAGGGAAUGAAGGUGAUCCAUGCCUGCACUGCACCUGCCUGCUUCAGAAGUUCUGAUCAAUGUCACUAUGUACUGAUGUUGUCCCUCUAAAAGUUGUAUUAGUUAAUAGGCAGCAAAAAACUCGUGUACUAGUUAGCUCUAGAACAAUGUUGUGGAUCUCAACUUGUGUUGUUAGGUUAAAAUCAUUUUUUUCCCGCUUUGCUAUGAAGUGCUUCUAGUAUUGAGUAUGUAGCUAACAAUAUGGUGCUAGAUUGUUGUACCAAUGAAAUUUGCUCGUUCUGUCA